AUGUCAUUCAACAAUACGUUUAAUAAAUCGGGGUUCACAUUACCCUCAUUCACGAAUGUACAGCCAACGGUCGGUAUUUCCGAGGUUAAAACUUCAGGAGGGCUAGAAAAUGAGGAUCCUAAUAAAAACAGUGACAAUAAAAGUAAUCGUAAUUAUGCGGAAACAGUUAUGGAAACUUUACUAGAGGAUUUGAAAAGUGAUGGCAAUGGAACGCAAAAUGCAGGAACUCCUGCUAGUUGUUCACAAGAAAAUGGUUGGCAGGAUAAAAUCGAGCAAGCUAGUAACAGCGAUAAUCUCAACUUGUUGACACCGGGAACUAAUAAUGUUGAGACUAAUAAGAGUGAGAGGCCAAAUUUUGAAGAUGAAUUGUAUGAGGAUGUCAAAUCCAGUCAUGAUAUAGAAGGUAGAGAAACUUUGCAAUUGGGGAAUGAAGUAGAUGACACCAGAAUCUCCAAGUCCAAGCAAUCGUCUAACAAGGACAGUCUUGCUGAUACUGAAAAGGUAGGACUAGCAUCGAAGGAAAUAAAACGUGGAGACACUGGACAGAGUGAGUCAAACGAAGAAAUGGAGAUGGAAAAAGGUUAUGAGAAGUUAAGCUCACUACCUCUAGAAGAAGAGUCCGACGAUUGCAUAAGUAUUGACGAAAAGGCUGAAGUACCUGUUGAGGAAGAGCCUGUACCACAAGAGGAUUCUAUGCAAAACCCGCAAGAUAACAUUCCUGAAUCUGUGGAAGAUGCUAGAAUAGCAGAUGAGAUAACAAAUGAGCUUGAAAUUCGACGUACAUCAAGGAAAAAUUCAAUCAAAGAUAUACCUAAUCCGCCAUCCAACUUAAGAAAACAGCAAGCAUUUGAUUUCCAGACAUUUUUAGUGCAAUUCAAAUCUGCGAAAUGUCAGCCAGUCCAUAAAUACUUAAAAUCCUUUCUCUCACAAUUCAACCAACGUACGUGGUCUAUUGAGGAACAGGUGAAGCUUGUGCAUGAGUUUGAGGAGUUUCUAUAUGAGAAAUUAAGGGAAUGCAUGGAAAUCGAGAAUUCAAAGGAGGGAAUUGAGAAGUUGGUCAUGACUCGAGUGUACAAUUCUGUGUUUUCUCCAGUGAUGCCGUACCUGAAGUUGACCGAGACCAACAAGCACGACAGAGUAAUGGAUCGGAAGUUUCUACUAAAUGUACAUAUAUAUGAGUGGAUCGAACCGAAGAACUUGGAUCUCUGCUUAAACAUUGAGAAGGAGCCCAUGGAACGUGCGAGUGAGCAGCUAAUGAAGAUCGAUGACUUUAAGUCACCAAGAGACAAAAUUGUCUGUAUAUUGAAUGCAUGCAAGAUAAUCUUUGGCAUGAUUCGAGAGCAAGAAUCAGAGGAGAAUGCGGAUUCCUUCGUCCCCCUAUUGAUUUACGUCUUAAUACAGUGUAAGCUGAAACAUCUCUAUUCGAACCUCCAGUAUAUCGAGCGGUUCAGAAACAGCGAGUUUCUAGUUGGAGAGACAUCCUAUUACGUGAGCACAUUGCAAAUUGCUUGUAAUUUCAUCAUUGGGAUGAAUAGGGACCAACUCACUGUGGAGGAGGAAGAAUACGAGAGACAGGUUGCACUUGCUAGGGAGAGGAUACGAGAACUCCAGGGUACGCGUGGAGACAUUCCGUCGCAAGUGCUCACCAAGAGUGCCGAGAUGGUUAGACAGACCAUCUCACAGCUGUUGACACAUACAAACGACAAUGAAGUUGAUAAUGAUAACAACAAUAACAACAACCAGGAAGUUCAACACCAACGAGAAUCUUCUGCAAUUUCGGACGCUGUGGCGCAGUCCGUGCUUGAGGCGCAAGAACAUGCCCAGAAGGUCCAAACGCUCGCCGAAAUUGGAAGCAUGUUCCCGUAUCUAGAGGGGGAGAUUGUCGCGUCGGUGUUUGCAGCGUGUAACGACAAUGCGGAACAGACUGUGGACGCGCUCUUGGAAAUGGCUUGA